AUGGAGCAAACACCUACGCCACCGCUACCGUCUCUCUCCGCCACAACCACCGCCCCUGCCGCCACCUAUCCCGAGUCUCUAGAUUCUUCCCCUCGUUCACGCAACACCGAUUCGUGGGGCGAAGACAACUCAGUACACCCGUCUAACAAUGGCAGUAUGACGGUUGCGCCGCAAGCGGGUUUGACUAAGCUCCGGCUCAUGUGUAGCUACGGCGGCCACAUAGUCCCUCGUCCCCAUGACAAGUCUCUCUGCUACAUCGGCGGGGAUACACGAAUCGUCGUCGUUGACCGCCAUACGACUCUAUCAGACCUCACUCAACGUCUCUCCAAAACCCUCCUCCGAUCUUCAUCUUCGUCGUCGUUAGUAUCUACAACGGCCUCGUUUACACUUAAGUAUCAACUCCCGUCGGAAGAUCUCGAUUCAUUGAUCUCCGUCACCACCGACGAAGACCUCGAGAACAUGAUCGACGAAUACGAAAGGCUGAAUUCAUCGUCCGAUGUUAGCAAAUCGUCACGGCUCCGUUUAUUCUUGUUUCCGACGAAACCAGAAUCUGCUUCCUCGAUCGGAUCGCUUCUAGAAAACAGUACUAAAUCGGAAGAUUGGUUUCUUAACGCCCUAAACGGUACCACGUCGGGAUUUUCCGAUACUUCAUCGGUGAAUUGUUUACUAGGUUUGGAAGACGAUGUUCCGGUUCCGGAGAAAAAGGAUGCUGAUCAGAAGGGUAUAAUCAGCAAAAAUCCCAAAGGUAAUACUUCUGCACAGGAUGUUCAUUCGGUACCCGAUUUGGAGAGGACGUCUUCGUUUGGGUCUGCUUCGUCAUCUCCAUCGUUGGCUAGCUUACCGCCGAUUAGAGUGCAUGUGGAUGAUAAUUUAAAGGUUGGAGUGAUCGAGGAGCAGUUUUCUCAGAUGAGUGUACAGCAACAACUCCACAAGCAUCCAGACGAUGGGGUUUACGUGGCUGCUCCUGCUUCGACGGUUGUGACGGGUGUGCCGUUGAGUUCUACGGCGGCGAUGCCGGUAGAUUACCCAAACCGAGUUUUAUCCGAGGAUGAGAGAUCCGAUCAGGGUUCUCAAAUUGCUUAUCAAAAGCAACAGCAACAGCAACAGCAACAGCAAUACCAGCAGCAAAAGCAGUCUAUGGGUUUCGAUUUGGCCUCUUUGGAUUCUGUUUCAAGUGACGGAAGACAAAAACCUCCUAUGAUGUAUCAGGAUCCAUUGGUACAAAUCCAAUCUUCUAACAACAACAAUCGAUCUGAUCCAAAUAACCUCUCAGAUCAAAACACUAGAAUCCAAAUGCAACAACAACAAAUUCCAGAGUCUGCUUAUAUAAUGUCAAUGUCAAACAACCAAGUUGAUCCACAGCAUCCUCAACUCCACCAACAACAACAGCAACAACCACAAUUCAUCCACACUGCCGUUCCACCACCACAAUACAUCCACCACCACCCAUCCGGUGCAGUUCCCAUGGCAUCUUACUACCAAAUGUACCCAUCUCAAAACCAGCACCAGCACCACCCUCACCACCCAGCCCUCGAUCAACAAAACUUUGUGUAUUACAUGCCUGCCACAAGGCAACCUCCCCAUGGAUACAACCUCCAAUUACAGCAGCAACCCGCCAGCUACGCCGAAGCACCGCCUGCAACUGCCGCCCCACAAGCACCAUCUCCGGCUUAUACCACCGCCAGAGCUCCUCAAACUGCCGCCAAGAGCGAAUUACCCACCGGAGUUUAUGGAACCACAAAUUCCGGGAAUUCCCAAUUUGUCCAAGUUCCUUCAAGCCAACACCAGCCUCAGUAUGUCGGCUAUUCACAGCUCCACCACCCGCCGCCACAAUCUGUAGCUUCCUCCGCCUCUGCUGGUGGAGGUAAUUAUGGAUAUGAAUAUGGUGACCCCGCACAGGGACAGCAUAUAUACUAUGCAGCUCAGCCUAUGCCGCCUCAAUCUACCGCCCAAUAUCAGACCAUGACUGGUGGUGAAUCCGGUUCUUAUCUUCCUACAGAGAACAGUACAAAGCAACAACAGGGGAGAACUCAAUAACCAUGUCACAUGUGACAUGAAGGUGAGUUUCUUGGAAAGUUUUGCAGUAAAAGUGGUAUUAUUAUUAUUAUUAUUAUUAUUAUUAUUAUUUUUCUUGGUGUUUAUUGAUAAUAUGUCGUUUAUCUUGUUCUUUACGUUGGUUGGUGGUAUGUGUUUGUUAUAGGUACGUACAAUAAGAAUUAAGAACAAUUGGAAUAGAUUUUUUUAUUUUUCUUUUACUUGUGUAUUCUUCUUUGGAUGACAUCUAUCUCGUAUAUUAUGUUAUAUCGCUAUUAGUGGAUUCUUGAAAUUUAUACUGUAAAAGCUUGUAACUUUGUGUUGCUUUGUGAGAUCUUAUUCUAUAUGUGUAGAGUAAGUGGAAUAUCACAUCACUUUAGGUUUUAGUUGAUGAUUGGACACCACGCUUUGAUACCAUUAAUCUCCCAACCCUAAUUUCCAAGUCAACUAAAAUCUUUAUGAAGUUAGGUAGGAGAUAGGUCAUGGGUACAUGUUUUGUGUAUUGGAUGAGGUAUUAUAUUGUACUGUGUUUUUGUUUUUGAAUUGAUCUUUUGUAAUCGAAUGUAAGCAUAAAACAUUUGUUGAGUUUAGUAUAACUCUGGUAAAGUCCUCGUGUAACAAAUAAUGCAAAGUGGAAGUGUACUAUGCAUUUAUUUUUUUGUUGAAAGAAAAAAGAAAUAAUAGAGGAGGGUACUUCAGAUUUGAAAGACUGAAAUGAUAGCAUUGGGACAAAGGUCAGUUGGUGAUAUUAUGAUGAGCUAGUUUUUGGCUACUAGACAUUGGUCGUAUCUUAAAACUAAAAGCCAAAGUCUUAAAUUGAAAGAAGGGAAUAACAAGUAUGAAAUGGAUGAAUUUUGCAGAUAAUACCAAAAGAGUGGGUGUCCAGCAACAUAGAAAGUGGGGUAUCUACAGAAUCUAAUAUCUUUGCACUAUUUAUGUUGAAAAUAAUUAACACAUAUCUGAGUUUUUCUCUUUUGAGAUAACCUUGUUUAAAUUUUUUGAAAGUGAAAGAUUUGAC